GCGAUACCACUGAAAAUAUGGCGGUGAUGUCGUAAAGAGGGUGUUCAUCAUGAGAUCGAGCGUUGGUAAAACUGAGUUGGGCAGAGAUUUCCCCAUUUUCAAUUUUAUUUUGCAUUGAACGAUGGAAGGCGAGCGAGACAUAACCUCCUCGACGUAAGCAACCAGGGUGCAAAAUUGACUGUUUUGAAAUUUGCCGCGUGAGAACGUGCGCGUCUAGACGCAGCGUUGCGGCAACAGAAUCAACAGUUUUUUAGUCCAAAAUACAACUCAACUGAAAAGGGCUGUGAGAUUCUGCAUGAUAAUAUUAUGGCGAAGAAAUAUUUAAUUGUACUUGCACAAGAGCAUUUUGAAUUUCGGAUUCCUGAACUCGAGUCAGUUGCUGGGAUAUUUAAGAAGAGAUUACUUGACAUAUGGGACAAGCAAUUGAUAGACCACUCAUUGAGUAAUCACGUUGAUGAGUCUCUUCAAAUACAGAAUGAAGAUGAUGAAAAAAUGUCUAUACACAAUUACUUCAAUCAAUAUGAUACUCCCUAUAUUCUAUUGCAUAAUGUUAGUGAGCAAGAUGUAAAGCAUAUUAUGUCUAGGACCAUUUUGGCAAAGAAUGCUUAUGAAAUAUGGGGAUAUGGAAAAACUUAUAAUGAUAUGAAGAAAUCUAUAUUAGAAUUUCCUGAAGAUGCAAAAAAAUCUUGCUUUAAUUCGUCAUUCUGCAUCAGAGUAAAAGCAUGUGGACGCAAGAUGUCAAUUCCGGAACAAAUUAAGAUAAUAGACAGCCUUGAAGAUGUUUUACCAUUUGAAGGUGAGGUUGAUCUUAAAUCACCUGAAAAUGAAUUUCAUGUUAUUGAGGACUACGGUGCCCAUAAAGGCAAAAAAUUUUCUGGUGAUCCUCAUUAUAUAUAUUUUGGUCGACUCAUUGCUGAUGGCCAAAGAAAUUUGCUUCAAAGCUAUUCUGUAAAGACCCGAAAGUUUAUUGGGAACACAUCCAUGGACGCUGGUUUAUCUUUUAUCAUGUCAAAUGUUGCUAAAGUUAAACCAGGAGAUUAUGUUUGUGAUCCAUUUGUGGGCACAGGUAGUUUACUAAUAGCUGCAGCUCGUCAUGGUGGUUUUGUCACUGGUGGGGAUAUAAAUUAUAACAUUUUACAUGCCAGAGGAAAGUCUUCGAGGGUGGGUGCUGGCUAUAGGGAAAAGGAUGAAACUAUAAAAGACAGUUUGAAACAAUAUGAACUUCAAAAUAAAUAUCUUGAUGUAAUGGUUCAGGAUAAUGCAAGUAAUGCCUGGAGAAGUCCCUUGAAUAUGUGUCAUGGUAUUUUCGAUGCAAUCAUCACUGAUCCUCCUUAUGGAAUUCGUGAACGCUGUCGAAAAGUUGGUAAAAACAAGGAAGUGGCCACUUCCGCAAAUGAGCCCAUAAUACACUAUCCGGAACAAACUGCGUAUCAUCUUGAUCAGGUUUUUAUUGACUUGUUGACAUUUGCAGCCCGAACAUUAGUCCCAGGUGGAAGGCUUGUUUACUGGUUGCCUAUUUAUAGGCCUGAAUAUUCAGAUGAUAUUAUUCCACGCCAUCCUAAUUUGAAACUUUUGUAUAAUUGCGAGCAGCCACUAAAAAGAGAAACUUCAAGAAGAUUGUUAGUGAUGGAAAAAUGUGAAAAUGAAAUGACAGACUCUCAAACUAAUGGGGCUUCUUUCAAUAGUGAUGCACAUAAGGGUCAUAAUGCAUUUCGUAACAAAUAUUUUAAAACUGCAUCUGCGAAACAAUGAUAUUUUUUAUAAGAGAGUUUUUUCGCACUUUUACUUAUAAUGAGGCGGCCGACCAGCAGCAACUUGGAAAUUAUGGAAGUGAUAAAUUAUGCGUGGAAUUUUUUAAUACUUAUAUCAUCGACACAAUGUGGGUAAUGUAUAGGCUAUUUCUCAAACUUACAAAUAUGAAGUGGUUCAACAGCAACUUCGUCAGCAAUUUGCUUAAAGGAAUUCUAUUACCUGUUACUUGAAAUAUCGUUGUGCAUUUAUGAUUCAUAUUUUGUCUUUCCUUAUAAAUCAGCCUCAGUUGAAUUAGUGCCAUUCAUAUGCCUAUUUUUAAUGCACAAAUGAAUGUUUUAAUUGUACUUCUGACAUGUUUUAAAUGUUAGCACAAUUUUCUAAUGUUGGAUAGUUUCAGAGGUUUAACUCACUAUAUUUUUCUGUUCUACACAG